UAAAAUAUCCGAGCUGUUCGUUUUUACAUUACGACCUGAAUGUAUUCUCGUGUGUGCAACUUGCCAAGUCGCUCUUAUGCUUACACAGUAGGUACGAUUUUUGGAUCGCCUAGUACAUGUAGUCCCGUGCGGUACCAUCUAUUAUUCGCCUCAGGUUGGAUUUGAACAUCCUGCUUAUUGAAAUAUUUAGUGUUCAAGAUCGUCUCCAAAGGCAAGGCUGUUGUUGUUGGUAAACAUAUUAAGAUUUCAGCGAACAGCCGGUCUAUUUGGAAUGGGAGACAUGUCUUCCAAAACACAGAUGCCAACUAAGGAAGAGGCCUUGCCUGGUCGCUCCACAAAGAUGGUUGUUUCACCCAAACAUGCAGUAAAUGGAAAUUCCGUUGUACCUCCAUUUCCAGACAACCUGAAAAUGGCCAUGUUUGGUAUGGGUUGUUUCUGGGGAGCCGAGAGGAAAUUCUGGCAACAGUCAGAUGUCUACUCCACACAGGUUGGGUAUUCUGGCGGAUUAACACCUAACCCCACAUAUGAGGAGGUUUGUACUGGGAAAACAGGGCACAAUGAAGUCGUUAGGGUUGUCUUUGAUCCCUCCAAAAUUCCAUACACCAAAUUACUACAGGUGUUCUGGGAGAACCACAACCCAACCACGGGGAUGAGACAGGGUAAUGAUGUAGGCACCCAGUACAGGUCAGGUAUAUAUUAUUAUGACCAGGAACAGAAGUCACAGGCAGAGGAGAGCAGAGACCUCUAUCAGAAGGAACUGUCAAAACAAGGCCAUGGGCAGAUAACUACAGAAAUACUGGAGGCUCCAGAAUUUUUCUAUGCAGAAGACUACCACCAACAGUAUCUUCACAAGAACCCAAGGGGUUACUGUGGGCUGGGUGGGACUGGCGUCUCCUGCCCUAUCGAGCUGAAACCUAAGAAUGGCAAAGAUGAACUCUGAUGGUGAAUGUGAAUUUCUGAUACUAAUCUGUGAUUAAGUAUGAUUUUAUGAUAUGACUGUAUAAAUCAGUUCUUUUGUUUAUCAGUUGAUCUCCUUUUUUCCUGGUCUCAUAAUCUUUUAACAUGAAUCUCCACAUUCACUUAGCCAGUAGAUUUUGGGGAGCAGAUGUCACCUUGAUGGUCAGAAUUUUAUACGGAUGACAUAAUUCAUUAGCUGAGCCAACUGUGCUGACAUCUACCAUAGAGAUUAGGUGGAUAUUAGCAAAUACUGUUGAUGUAUUAAUAAGCUUUCUUGUGUAACAUAGCAGAAUGUUUGCUGACUAUGAACAUUGGGCAUUUUCUUAUGUGAACAAUAUGGUUUUAACUGCUUAUUAACAGUGUACAUAAUUGAUGUUGCUUGGAAGCAGGAAAGUUAGAAAAUCAUAGAAAAUAUUGAAGUAGCUGUAAAUAUAAUAAAAGUAUAAACACAUGUAUGUGAGAUGAGAUGAGAUAUAACAUGGACAAAUAUUGUUUUGCUGAUGAAUGCUCUUGAUAUGUUUACAACAGUUGAUGAUCAGAAUAUCUCUAAGACUUGGUGGGAUUUUUUGUAUAAAAUCUCACUGAUUUCUGUUAAACUUCAAUUAAAGUUCAGUUUAACAUUAUGUCUGCAGCUGAAGUUAAACAAAUAAUA